AUGAAUCUAGCAACUGAAUUCCCAACGCUGACUGCUGCUAGGGUUUUUGUGGAUGAUGUUGCUGUAUUUCCUAAUGUUGCUCGAAUUUCAGAUUCAAUGCUUAAAGUGGUGGAUCCCCAAAACUGGUUAUUAGCUCCAAAGAAGAAGAAACAAGUCGAAAAGCAACACGUGGUGGAGGAGGAGAAUCUUAAGGAAACCAUUCCCACAAAAACUAGGGUUCUUAAAUGCACUAAGAAACCAACAAAGAAGCCUUCUGAAUCACCAAUCAACACAACUAUUCAAGAACCUAUUGUCGAAAUCGUUGAGCCCACUGUAGUAAAAACCUCAAAUUCAUUUUCUUCCAAGGGUGGUCCAAAGAAGGCUCAAAAGUUACAAUUCACCAGGAAGGGAGUUUUUGUUUGUGAAGUUCCGUGUCUUGGAUCUCCAACAUCCAAGAAGUGUCAAGCUUUGGAUGUUGCUCAACAGUUAAAGAGGAGAAAGCAUGAUCAAUUUCGUGUUCCACUUGAAAAUGUGCACGUCGAGACCGAGCAAGGUAGUGAAAGUGACAAGACAGAUAUUCGAAUCGAAUAUUCCUUUAUUGGUUCUCUAUGA